UUUGGUAGUAGCAUUUGGAUAAGAGGUGGACGGGCAGAGAGAGAGGACCGUCCGGGUGAGAGAACCCGCUCACUAAAUGGGGAGAACAACAUCGGGGAUGGAAGAUGACGAACCGAUAGACGACGCCUGUGACAUGCCGAGUUGUAUGAGCAGUCUCGAGGAGGGGAGGGGGAAAUUGUCCCGCAACCUGCCGACAGAAACUUCCUCCACGGACGGCAAAGUUGAACCGUCGGUCAGAGAUCUGAGUCGUCGUGUCACCAGAUCAAACUCCCGGUUGUCCCUCGACGGAGGUGAGCGGUACUCGGAGCAGAGGAGCGGCGAGGAAGGGAAGGAUGCGAAGGGCAACAACAACAACAACUGCAACGGCAGAGGAGGAGAGAGGAGGAGGAGGGCGAGUGCUGUCGAGAUUUUGAGGAGGAAUUUCGGCGUUUCGAAGUCUCCCUCUCUGUGUUUUAAUACAAACAGUCGGAUGCAUGAAACCCGCGAAGGAAACGUUAACAACGACGUUUCAAACGGUUACGGAAAUGAACGCGGCGAGUGUAAAAAGUCGGAGCGAGAAACGGGCGACACGGGGACUAAAAACGAGCCAACCCCGAGCGACUUGACGACUUCUAACGUAAAAGGAGUUGAACGCGUAAUAGUUACAGGUCAGCGACGUCACAGGCGUGACGGUGACACCGAAGCAGUCGCUUCAGACGAGUCUUUUAGCACCAAAGAGCACGUCUACUGCACUGUUUACUGCAUCGCUAACGACCGCCAGCGAGAAGUUGAAAUCACGGACGAUGAGACGGUCGCGUCAGACGCACCGGACAUGGACCUGGACAUGGACCUGGACGUGGGUUCGAGUCCCGAACCAGCUCUGUACACACUGGACGACCUGGUGGACCCUUUCGGUGCGAUGGCCCCUUUCGGUGCGAUGGCCCACCGGCUGUCCACGGAGCAGGCCGGUGCUGAGACUGCGGUGCAGAGUUGCCGGGUGUGCCUGGAGUCGAAAACCAUCGCACCCCUGCCCUGCUGCAGGAAGGCCGUGUGCGACGAGUGUCUGAAACUCUACGUCAGCUCCCAGGUGCGAGUAGCCAAAUCGUACAUCGGCUGUCCGAUCCCAGAGUGCAGCGGCUACCUGGAGGAGGGAGUGGUGAUUUCCUAUCUAGCCAAUGAGGACGUGGCAAAAUAUCGUUACUUUUUGGAGCUGAGUCAGCUGGACUCGGGCACCAAACCCUGCCCCCAGUGCAGCCAGUUCACCUCCCUGAAGGGGAACAACCCCAGCCGCUCCGAGCACAAGUACAAGAUCCAGUGCAGCAAUUGCCAGUUUGUGUGGUGCUUUAAAUGCCAUGCGCCGUGGCACAAUGGGGUCAAAUGUCGCGACUACAGGAAGGGAGACAAGCUGCUACGAGGCUGGGCCAGCGUCGUAGAGCACGGGCAAAGAAACGCCCAGAAGUGUCCACGGUGCAGGAUCCAUAUCCAGCGUACAGAGGGAUGUGACCAUAUGACAUGUACGCAGUGCAACACUAACUUCUGUUACCGCUGUGGAGAGCGCUACCGACACCUACGGUUUUUUGGGGACCAUACGUCAAACCUCAGCGUGUUCGGAUGCAAGUAUCGCUAUCUACCUGAUAAACCUCAUCUGAGACGGCUAAUUAGAGGGUCGGUCUGUGCCGCUAAGGUGCUGAUAGCCCCGGUGGUCAUUUUGCUGGUCGUGGUGCUCGGAGCUCUCGCCCUGGUGAUAGGAUUGGUAUUUUUCCCGGUCUACUACGUGUGCAAGAGGAGGAAGAAGCAGCGCACACAGGGCUCCGGACGGUGGAUCUGACUGAAGCUCUCCUUUCACUGCACUUCAUCCAGACGACGCCCACACCUCCUUCAGGGAUGAACACGCCAGUCAUGGCAAAUGUCUGAGGGGGGACGUCACGAGAUUAACAAAUUAAAUUAGAGCGGAAGGAAGGGAAAUAAACAUAUUAAGCGAUGCCUGGCUAAUCGCACGUCAUCGCGUCGCGGUGGAACCACUGCUGCAGAAGGAAUGCUGGGUAUUCAAGUAGAAAAGGCCUGAGUGCUCUUCACAUGAUGGAAGUGUUUGAAUCCCCUUUUAAAUUUCACAACCUAUUUUAAGCCGAGUACUUUCUCUCCGGCCGCCUCUUGUCUCGGACACAAUACGGGAAGUUUCAGCCGUGUACGUUUGCAAGUUUUGCACUCU